AUGUGUUCUAUCGAAUACUUCCACGUCGCUAAGGAACAGUUUCGUAUCGCUCCUGGCAACGAAACAGUUCGAGCUUGGCCAUUCGAAACCAAAGAGUGCAUCCCGGGAUCCAAACAGCUCCUAGAGAGUAUCCGAGAUGAUUACAUCGAGCUACUUGCAAUAUGUAACAUCUCACACGACGACUCCUUUGUCGCAAACAUCUGUAGCAAGGGGCACAGCGACACCGAGGAUAUAUUGGUAAUCCUCACUCGAGACGUCGACACAGACAUGUGGCAGUACGCCGCCAACAAUAUCAAGAAACUCAUAGACAACACCAUCUCCGAAAGAAACAGCGCCCUCAGAAUCACAGUCGAAAUCCGGAAUCCCAUGAAAAUGUACCGGGACUCCACCAUCGACGUCCAGCCUGAUCCAAGGGCUUACGAAGCCUGCAAGAAUAUAAAUGAUAUAAGCAGCCAAUUUUAUCAUCUGAUUCCUGGGUUUACUUCAUUGAGCUUUGAGAUGCGUGGACCCAGGAAGGAGGACGCCGAUCCGCGCUGGCCUACAGCUGCAGUUCCUAGCAUGAUGAUAUGUGUUCAAGAUGGGAUGCAUUAUAACUGGGCUUUGGUAGAAGAUCAGAUUCGAGUGGUAGUUGGAGAUAUUGCCACGGACCUUGAGGUUGAGGUUCACCUUGAGAUUUGGGCUGGGGAUUCUAAAUGA